CACUAAUGGAAGAUUCCAAUCUUGCUGACUUGCCCCAAGGCUUACAGAUGACUGAGGAAGAACACAUGGAAAAGAUCAGAAGACAGAUGAAAUCAAACAUCGUAUACCACUUAACUUGGUGUUUACUUUCAUGUCUCAUAAUACUCUAUACACCUGAUGAUUCGUGCCAAAUUCCGGUUCACUUACUGCUAAUAAUCCGAAUGUCUAUCAGGUUGUUCUAUUCUUUACCAUUUAAAGUGAUUUCAUACUACUUGGCAAAACAGAGAGUGAUAAACCCUAGUUCUGUAUCGAUCCUCUCUACUGCAGUUGCGACACCUCUAUUUUUCUGGUACACAUUCAUGGUGAUCCUAUUCUUCACUAAGUACAACGACUGCAAGGAGAGUUCGUUCCCGCUAUACCUUGGCUUGCUACUGCUCGUAGUUGAGAGCAUCUUGUAUCUGAUCUUUUUCAUUCUGAUAUCAAUGCUCCUCUGAUGAAUAGGUAUCCUUACCUCAGUAAUCUGAUUCAUUAAGUGGAGAAAUAAGAAUAAUAACAAAAAGAUUAGUAACCUCUUGUUGAAGGCCAAAGGGCUCAGGAAAGAUCCCAGAGAAUGCGAACAUGCUGAAGAAUGAUGUAUCUGAUUUGGAGAAUUUGGAUCAGACUCGAAAGUUAUAUGUCUACCUUGAAAUGAUAAACAUUAUUUUCACUCAAAAUGUAUUAGUGAAUGGAUGAAAACCAGGAAUAGCUGCCCUAUUUGUAAAAGUGUGGUUACUGUAGAAUUACUUAAGCAGUACAAAAAGAAGAGGCCUGUGGUGACUGAAAUGCAGAGAAUCAAUACUACUUCAAAUUCGAGUGCAGUUCAGUAGAAAUUACGAAAUCCUGUAAUUUUAAAUUUGAUUU